ACACACACACACACACACACACAAGCUUGUGCAAGAGGAGGGAGUAGAGGCACUGUAAGAGUAUCUCUCAGGGUAGCUAGUAGGCUUCCGCCUUAGUGGCUGACUUAAUGACUGAGUGAGAGAAUGACAGAGGAGGAGUGGACUCUCUCUCUUCUUCUCUCUCUCUCUCUCUCUGCAGAAUUCUUCCAGUCCCUCCUGGCAGGCGAUUGGAACGGGAACAGCUUUUCUGUGAUUCAGGAUACACACACAAAGCAUUCUGGACACUGUCAGCUAAUGCUCUGGGAAGGGAGCAGAGUUUUUGGAAAUAUGUGGACAGGUUAUUGAGUGAAGUUGGAGUGUUUUUGUGAAGUUGGGGGAAGAGGUACAUUGAGUGAGUGAAAUUAAAGUCAACUUGGGACAGUGUGAUAGUUGGACUGGCUUUGUCCUGAUUGUUUGGAAGGACUAUGGCAGGGGCAGGCAUUACCAGGAAGGGUUCUGGAAGACCCUCGUACUACUACAGGUUUCUGGGACGCACUCGUCUCCAACGGCAACGCAGCAGGUCCCGCAGCCGCAGCAGACCAGCAGCCAGCAGGGCAGGAUCGCCCCCUGAGAGAACAGGCCGCAGACGGAGUAUGCCCAGUAGCACCCCGGACAAGACCAUACCACCCAUGGAACCUGCCGCCGCAGCCACACCCUUCAGAGUCACCGGCUUUCUGAGUCGGAGGCUGAAGGGUUCUAUAAAGCGCACUAAGAGCCAGCCCAAACUGGACCGUAACUCCAGCUUCAGACACAUCCUGCCUGGAUUCAGGAGUGUGGACAAUGAGAGGUACAGGUCCAGUGGUUUUACAUUACAGCCAUUUUACACUGUGGUUAUAGAUGUGGUUUUAGACUGUGUGUGAGAGACUGUGAUGAUACUGGAUCUUUGCUUUGAUUCUGUAUGCUGGCAGCUCUGUUUUCUUUGGAUGUGUCUUUGACUGAUGGCUGGUUCUGGAGGUCACUGUUGACAUGCUUGUGUUGUCAGUGAAAACCAGCCGAGCUCUACUCUCCAAUCUGUCAUUUCCACUCUCCCUCUCUUUCCUCUUCGCCUCCCUUUAUUUAUCGUUCUGCUUUCUGCUUUCCGCUUUCUCCCUCUCUCAGUCCUCUUCCUCUUCCCUCUCCCUCUCUACCCUCCCUUUCUCACCAUCUCCCUUCCAUAACCUCUCCCUCACUCUCUCCCUCCCCCUCUCCUCUCUCCCUCCUCCUAUCCCUUCUCCCUCACU